GGAAGCAGAAGCAAGAAACCUGGGAAUGUCCCGCGUAAUCCCUGAUCCCCACCACCCAUCCCGUCAGCCCGUCUCCGGAUUCCAAGGAAUAGGCCAAACUACGUCACCAGCACCUCCUGUACCAAGCAGAAAUUCAGGACCCUGCAAUAACUCUCGUAAUAGCCAUUAAUAUCCAAGCAGAACCUUGAAAUGCACAUGCAAAGACAAGACAAGCUUCAUUAGCGCCAGCCUAACCGGCGUGGAUCUCUUAACUACUGACCUCCCCGUCCAUCCACCUUCUCUGCAAACUGCUGUGACAUGUCUUGGCAGGUUGCACCUACUGAUUUCAUUGUCCUCACUGCACAGUGUUCUAUUUAUUUACAUGCAUAAUUGUUUUGCUCUCGAAGCACGACAUCGACACAGACAUUAGAUGUGAUCUGGUCUACACAGGAAAUGCCAAGAUAGGAAGAGAGCUUUCGGGGUUGUGACAAUAUGAACGAUCCAGGUCUGGACGAGCCCAUCUCAAAUGAUGCGAAAGAUGUCGAGAAUCAGAGGGGUGAGGAAGGAAAUGACACGAAAGAGGAGGAACAGGAGUUUUUAGCGCCUAGUCGAUGGUGGCUUGCAAGUACUGCUUUUCCGUUGAUCGCUGGAACGUUUGGUCCUAUGGCUUCGGCUUUCAGUAUAUGUGCUCUCGUUGUGCCUUGGAGACAAGAGAUUCCGCCAGGUAAAUCAGAAGCUGACGGUGUGAGAUUGCCUGAUCCGAAAUGGUUGAUCGGUAUCAAUGCAGCUCAACUAGCGAUUGCCCUGAUAUCGAACCUGUUCUUACUGUUGAACAUGGCGAGACGAGUACGCUUUUCUAUUGCUCAGCCAGUAACAAUCAUUGGCUGGUACAUAUCCUCGUUCGCACUCAUUGGCCUCUGCGCCUGCGUAUCCGGCCCCCUAAUAAUCCAACCCAAAGCAUCUCACGCCUUCAGCCAAGCUUUCUACUACGCCAUCUUCUCCGCGAGCCUCUACUUCCUCGUCGCCUCACUAAUGCUCAUCACCGUCUGGGGCGCUUCAAAAGGCCACUACGACAAGGAAUUUCAGCUGACCAUGAGCCAACGCACGCUGAUGUUACAGACUAUCAGUUUCCUGGUGUAUCUUCUGUGUGGCGCAACGGUAUUUGCGCAUAUUGAGGGCUGGAAUUUCUUGGAUGCUGUCUAUUGGGCGGAUUUUACUCUGUUGACGGUGGGUAUUGGGGACUUUUCGCCGAGUACACAUACAGGGAGAGGAUUACUCUUCCCAUUUGCGAUCGGUGGAAUCAUCAUUCUAGGUCUAGUAAUUGGAUCUAUCCGGUCCCUAGUCCUCGAGCGUGGAAAAGUGAAAAUGGGCGCUCGAAUGGUCGAAAAAGAACGCCGCCGACUCAUCGCAAAACUAGAAAAGAAAGACAGAGCCGCCGUCUUGAAACCCAUCUCCUCAAACCAAAAUCCUCAAAAUAAUCAUAAGAACAAUAAUACCAACACCAAUGGAAUUUCCAACACCAACCCUCAACCUCUAUCCCGCGCUUCCACUAAAACCCUCGCAUCCAAACCAAAUUUUCAGACCGAGCGCGAACGCCGGGAACGAGAGUUCACACUCAUGCGCCGCAUCCAAGAACGCGCACACACCCGCCGCCUCUGGACAUCCCUCACCAUCUCCGCAACCGUAUGGAUGGCGCUCUGGUUCGCCGGCGCCGCCAUCUUCUACGCAUCUGAAUCCCACCCUCAAUCAUGGACCUACUUUGCAUCCCUCUACUUCUCCUACACGUCUCUCCUGACCAUCGGCUACGGCGAUAUCUACCCUGUCUCCAAUGCCGGGAAGGCGUUCUUUGUAUUCUGGAGUUUACUUGCUGUGCCGAGUUUGACGAUUCUGAUUAGUAACAUGGGCGACACGAUUGUGAAAGGAAUUAGGGAUUUGACGCUAUGGGUGGGCAACUUUACGGUGUUGCCGGGGGAGAAGGGUGUGCUGGCUACGGUGAAGGAGGGAGUUGGGAAGGCUACUAGGGGGAGGGUCGGAGGUGUUGAGAUGAAGGAUGUUCAAGGAGAGGAGGACGAGGAGGAGAUGCCGCCAGGCUUGUUGGGGGAGAGCGAGAGGGGUGGUGAAAAUGACGGUUCAGCGAAAAAUGAAAGCGAAAACAACGGAUCAGAUUCCAGAAUUCAGAGCGGCAAGAAAACGAAGAAACCCACCAACUUACCCUCCAGCAAAAAGGCAUACCACGUCAUCCUCGUUCGCGAAAUGAGCAAAGUCAUGACACACCUCAACAGCUCACCACCAAAGCAAUACAGCUUCGAAGAAUGGGCUUGGUACCUGAAACUCAUUGGUGAAGACGAGAGUAGCGAGGAGACGCAUAGGCGGCCGGUGAGGAAGCCGGAGGCGGACAGGGAGGGGUUGGGCGGCGGCGGCGGCAUUGUGGGGGGAGUGGAGGGGAAGGAUAAUGGGGAGAAGUUGGAGUGGAGUUGGAUGGGGCAUAGGAGUCCGUUGAUGGGAGGGAAGGGGGAGGCAGAAUGGGUGCUGGAGAGGUUGAUGAAGAGGUUGGAGGGAGAGUUGGAGCGUUUGAGGAGGGAGGAAGCGGAGGGAAGGGGAACUGGGUUGGAUCGUGAGGGCGGCAAGGAGAGGACUCGUUCGCAAUAAUGAUAUAAUGGGAAUCGGAGUCUGGAGGAGCGAGCAUUACUUGGGGUAAUUACCGCUCUGUGUGAUAAUCUUGUAUUCUUAUCCACUAUAUACCCCAAAUUCAUAAUAUCCUAUCCUCAUAGCCUGAUACUCAUAUUCCACGAUCCAACACCCACCAAAUCAAUCAUCCUCAUCAUCCGAAUCCUGAAUGAAAGCCGGCGGACCCGGCACAGUAUCCUGUAAUAAACUAUCCGACAACAGCUGAGUCUUUGACAGUAUCUGGGACGAAGACAUCGAAAACGUAGGGUGAGAUUCAUGCCCUUGUGUUUCUAGAUAGGAGUUGUGUCGAGGAAUCGGCAAGCUCACCGGUGUGCUGUUGACGGGUCGUGCGGGAGACUCCCAAAUAAUCUCGCCUUGCGAAUGCCGCAUUGGUGUUUGUGUUUGGCUCAAAUCAACGGUCGUCGCUUGUGAUGGCGGUGGUAGGCGGAUGGAUCUUGGGGCAGGCCGUGGAGUGGCUUGCAGUGAUGGGGAGGACGGUAUUCUCUCUUCAAUGUCUUCGUCUCCUUCUUCAUCGGACAUGACCUCUUCGUCAACUUGAUCGGGAGAUGCUUUUGACAGGUCGCCAGGUUGUGUAAACUGCUUCAUCGUGCACACAAGCUGCUCAUCGACUUCUUGCGUAUCUGUUGAUGAUGAAGCUGGAGCAGCCGGUUCUGGUUUGUAGCGAUCAAGGAACAAUGGUGGCAAAAGGUUGGCCAUGAGCUCGUCUAUCACAGCAGGUGCAACUCGUGCAGUUUUCGACGGCGGUGCUUUCAGCCAUCCAUUCUCUUUUAACUCUGGCAGAUGCUUGGGAUCUGCGAGCUGGUAAACCUGCAGGAUCUCGUAUGCCCUCCAGGUAGAAGCUUUCUUGUUGAAGUCAACAUUACCCAGCCCCAUGUCAUCCGCCAAUUCACCUGGUUUCUUGGCUGGACCGAUCUCCGCCAUGUACUUUAGCAUAGAGGUAGGUUUCAUCUCAUAAAUCCAUAUCCGACGGACGUGAAGAGCGAAUGCCCAAUUCCUGAAUUCGUGAUUCUUUGCACCACUGACAAUAUUUGUGACAUGUGCGGGGUGCAUCGAGACAAAGACGUCAGAUUCGGCUGUUCUUGGACCCAUUGAGUGAGCAUGUUGCGUGGAAAGGCGUUGGCUCUCCAUGAUUUGCGUUUUCUCAACAGCGGUCUCGUGUUGUAUCUCAGAAUCCUCCUGUUCCUCCUCAUUCUCAUCUUCGUCGUCGUCAUCCUCAUCCUGUGGAACCUCUGGUUCCUUCGUCAUGUGGCGUAGCUCGGAAGAGCCCAGUAUUCUGUCAGCUUCCAUCUGGGUCUCCAGGCCGAUAUUUCCAUAGCAAGUUUCUGGCUCAGCUUCCUCCUCCUGGCUCUUUUGAGCCGCAUAGUCUUCAACAAGUUCAUCAUUUCCAAGUUCUGGAGACUCUGCGGUGUGAUGUUCCUGAUCUAAUGUGUCUCUACUCAGACCGAGCUCUACGGAGCACGAUAAUUCAGACUCGGAGACACGAUAGUCCUCAUCAUUGCCCAAUUCUUGGGAUCCUACAACCUCAUUGUCAAAUUCUCGUCCUGGCGCUAUCUCUUCGUCUUCUUCUUCAUCAACUUCAUCAACUUCAUCAUCGCUCUCUGCAUCAGAGUCCAAAAUCACCGUUCUUUUCAUUGCUGACUUUCUAGCUGGAGUCGACCUCCUCUUCACCAUUGGUGAAAGCGGCUCUUCAAUCUCAUCAUCCUCAGGGAAUACAAAUCGAACACUCUUCGCGGGACUUGGCCGUUUGGCUGGCGAAGAAGGAACUCGGCUAAAUUGAGUUGUAUCGACCGAAUCAUAAGUAUCUUUGACUUCAAGCUUGGGAAGCUUUUCAGGGCUGAGUUCGGGUCGUCGACCAGUGUUGAAAGGUAUUGGGGUGUUAAUAGGUGUCUCUUUCAAGGGAGAUCGUCCUAAGAACUUUCCAGAACGAACCGAGACGGGAGUAGCUGGGGAUUGUGACGAAGGAAUUUCUGUCGCCAGGAUUCGUCGAGGUGUUUGUGGCGGCGGCAUCUCGUUUAUUGGAGAUGUUUGUGGAUCUGCAGCGCUGGCCUUAGAUGACUCUCCGGUCUUCUUCCUCGAGGACAGUGUGGGUAGAGUUGUUUGCGACGAACUUGGGACGUCAAAUAUAGAAGGAUCUUCUUCUUCGUCUGGUGCGGAUGUGAAACUCCAUUCCAUCUGUGUAAGACGCUGCGUAUGAAAGGAUGGUGUGCUGUCCGGCUCAUCCCCUGCAGUCUUCCUCCGCUUGUUCUUCCGUUUCUUUGCCUGCUUCUCGUAGUCUCCGUCUGGCUCCUCGACCUCAACCGGGUCCUGCUCGUCGUCACCCAAUGGAGGUGGGUUUCUCAUCCUCAGAUAGUCCAUCUGUGUAAGAGUUUCCUGCUUCGUUGGCUUCGGAAUCCGAACCGAUGUCUUCUUUCCAUAUGAUCUGAUGUGCUUUCUUGGUACCGGUAGCUUGCUUUGCGUCAAGGGUGUGGACGAUUUAUACACUCGAUCAGGGGGAGCACUGAUGCGCUUUCUGGGAGAUGGUAGUGUGGUUUGGGUCAGUGCUGGUGCUGAGGACCCUUGCAUCUGAUCAAAGGUUCCGCUGGAGCGACGAGUAGCCUUUUUGCGGGGAGGCAUGUCUGUAGACCCGGCUUGUGCGGAUUUAUUGUUUAUAUAUUCAAGAAG